AAAAACGAAUCUGAAACGUCACGGCGCAGAUGGGCUGCACUACUUGGCCCGCACCUGGCGCGCGCCUUGAAUGCCAGUGAAUCGUAUACAGCCAUCGACAUCAAGAGCCACCUUGCCUUUUUCAAUGACCAUGUCUGUUCUUGGCUGGGACAAGGGCCGCCGUGCCCGCUGCGACCUGCAUUUCCGUCGGCGUUGACAUGCGAUGCGACACCACUGGAAUUAAGCUACAGCUGGAAUGGCACGACGCCGGUUGCGGUCCGCUAUGUCGUCGAUGUGGUUGCGCUAGACAAGACUCUGACUCGUUCGGCGUCUCUCUCCGCCGCCCGUUUGGCGAUUGACAGGUUAACGCGUGCGGGAAGCGGCCCCGGGGCGUACCGCAUCGACAUGCUGCCAGACGUGUGGGUGGCGGUGACGGCGCGUCUCGCCUACUGGGAGCACACCGUUCACCCGGCCCUCGCAUGCGACCUGUGCAGCCCUUCGUCAACAUUCGUCGGCUUCGACCUCGCUGCUUCACGCGCACGCGGCAAGCUGUAUUGGCUACUGCCUUCUUGCCUCUCCCCCCAAGUCUUGCUAGACCUCUUGGACGACGUCUUCGCACUAUUGCCAUCCGACAUCGUCGCCCACUGGCGUCACGUGCGCCACUACCUGAGCUCGCAUGGCGCCAGCGAGUUGAGGCCGCGCAUGCUCUCGAUCGAUGCUUCACACUACCCAGCUCCGCGCAUCAAGCUAUACAGCCGCUGUUAUUUCAACUCGCACGCCUCCUUCUCCGCUGUAGAAGCCCACCUCACUAUGAACGGGGCCGUUCCGCUCCCCCCACACAGCCACUACGCGAAUCUGUGGGCCCGUCUGCAGGCCAGGUACCGAUCAGAUCCGCGGCCACAGUCGCGCUACUGCAUGGUUGUGCACGACAUAUUACCCUUGCAGCUCAGGAGUAAACUCUACUGGUUUGCCCACCAGAUGCCCUGCGGCGACGGUCUCAUCAUCAACGACUUCCUAGCCGACUUCGCCCAGCCUACUGACCUGCUUCGACGCCAACUCCGCGCUGGCCAUUUGUCCGAAGAGUCCAGCUUCAUCCGCGAAAUUGGCCUGGCUCAACGAGACGGCGCUUUUGACAUUGCCACUUACAUCAGUCCUGCUUUGUUUUCCACGUAGCUAGCUUACCUACCUCCACAUGCUCCGCAAUACCUGCUUCCAAGUCUCUCCCCUCUUGCCAUACCUAGGGAGCUAAUCUCGUUUCAUCGUCUUCUUCUCUCAUCUCAGCGCCCAACCAACGGGUUAUUUGCCUCGUCAACACUGACACCAUGACGAACAGACCCGCCGACACCCAGAAAGGGAGAUACGUCCACCGGCCCCCCUUUUGCAUGCCGCUCAUCAGUAGGCCUGCGAACAUGGGGCCACUCACAAUGCCGGCCAUCCGAUCUGCCACAUUUAGACCCGUAUAGAGCAUCGUAAUCCGAUCUUUUGGGAUUGAUCGGGUUACGCUCGACUGCAAUGCGCCUGCCAUACCCCACCCCAUCAUAUAGACGAGUAUGGAGCAUAUAAACACCACUACCCUCAUUCCCUCUAGUGUGCUGAGAGAUGACAUCGCCGAUCCCAAC